AUGGCCUCGAAACUGAAAACUGCGCUGGAAGGAUGGGAGAAUUGGCAAAUUGCUGUUGCAGUCGGGGCGCCGAUUGCGCUAGGACUAGCUGGUCUCUGGUAUUAUAAACUGUCAAAUUCAAACAAGACAGUCGACAAGUCGAAUAAAGCGAAGGGUGACACGGAACCCGUGUCCCAGAAAACUGACGCCCAGAAAAACAAUGAGAAAGUGAUUGAAGAUUGCAACCGUGCUUUGGAGCUGCAUAACAGAUAUGUAAAGGCCUUUUUUAGACGCGCUAAGGCUUUCGAGCAAACAGGACAACUGACAAAUUCUCUGGAAGAUAUAACAGCAGUGUGUAUUAUGGAGAACUUUGAUAACCAGCAAAGCCUCCUCAUGGCAGACAGGGUGCUAAAGGAGUUGGGGAAAACCAAGGCUAGGGAGGCAUUCAAGAACCGACAGCCUCUUAUGCCCUCCAAGCAGACCAUUAGGAGCUAUUUUGCUGGGUUUGCUAACGACCCCGUGUACAGGUGGCACAAGUCACGUCCAGCACCCAAACAGAAGUCUCCUGCUGAGGAAAAUGAUGAAACUAGUGAAACACUUGCAAAUGGAAAUGGAGCAGAUGUGUCCAUGGAAAAGGAGAAGCUGCAGGAGAAGGGUCAGGGGGACACACUGAGCUCAGCUGAUGAGAGUUAUGAGCCGAGUCCCUUUCAGAAGGCCAGAGAUGCUCUCCUCACAGGUGAUUAUGACAGUAUUAUAGAUCUGUGUACCACAGGAGUGGAGAGUGCAGAGAAUCCUGACAGAGAGCUGUGUGUUCUCCUCAGGGCCACCUUCUACUACAUCAAGGGUCAAGGUCAACUGGCUCUGAAGGAUUUGAACAGUCUUUUGGAUAAAGAUGAUUUAGCAAAAAAUAUCAGAGUGAAUGCUCUCAUUAAACGCGGAGCUUUGUCACUGGAUGAAGGCCAGCAGACAGAGGCGCUAGAUGACCUGGCUGCUGCUGUUCGUUUGGAUUCCACCAACUCUGAUGUUUACUACCACAGGGGACAGCAAAACCUGUCACUAGACAGAACUGAUGACGCUCAGCGUGACUUUGAGAAGUGCAUCCAGUUGAACCCCUCCUUCUCACCGGCCCAUGUACAGAAAUGUUACGCAGAGUACAGAAAUGCAGUCAUACACCAAAGUCCCCUUCAGAUGCAGUCUGCGAUGAAAAGUUUUAAAGAUACUGUUGAAAAAUUUCCUGAGAACCCUGAUGGUCAUCUGCUGUAUGGACAGGCACUUUGUGACCAGAGGCGGUUUGAUGAAGCUGAGGAGCAGUUCCAUGCUGUGAAUAAAGUUCAGCCUGAUAACGCCCAAUCCUAUGUUCACAGGGGCUUGCUUUGUCUGCAGUGGAAGCAGGACAUAUCCACAGCAAUGGAAUUCAUAAACAAGGCCCUUGCUUUAGAUGACAAGUGUAGCUUGGCCUACGAGACAUUGGCUACGUUAGAAGUACAGAAGGGUAACAUGGACCGUGCCCUGGAGCUGUUUAACAAGGCCAUCCCGCUGUGUACCUCAGAGAACCAGAUGAACCACAUGUACUCUCUGCUGCAUGCUGCCACCGCACAGACCAAAGUCGCUCAGCGCCUGGGGCUACAGUUCCCUAUGGGCAUGACUUCCUGAUGAUAUUCACCAGUUAUCAGUCUCAUCAUGAUGCGUGGUACCACACUGGUCCCAUUAUGCUGCUCAGUAUGGUACUGGUCCCAUCAUGGUUCACAGUAUGGGACUGAUCACAUCAUGGUGCACAGUAUUGGACUGGUCCCAUCAUGGUGCACUUUAUAAAAUUGGUCCCAUCUUGGUGCACAAUGUGAGACUGGUCCCGUCAUGGUGAUCAGUAUGAGACUGG